CACUUAUGUCUUUUCUGUUUAUUAGCAGGCUAGUCAGUAAGCCCAAUUCACAUUCAACUCAAGAGGAUUAUACAAAACAAGGGGACAAAUCAGGAGGGAAUGCUUGAGGGCCAUCCUAGAGAUUGAAACACAUACUAAAAGAAUGCUACUUCACAGUGUCACUUCAUAUUAGGUGCAUACUUAGGACCAGUGGGGAAGCAAAAGCAGCUGACAAGUUCAGCAAGUAGGAAAAGGGUCUUUCUUUUUCCCAAAGCUUCAGACUAGAGAUGGGGUAAAUGUGCAGGAUGCAAAGAACUAGGAAUGUCUACCUCAGCAUAAUUACUUCUCUACAUAAUAAUUACCCCUAAAAUUAAAAGCUACAAUAGCAACAUCAAUGUCAGCAUCUACGAGUAUCAUAACCAACACUGCAGUGGAAACCAGGAAUGAAAAGAGCAUGAACUUUGGAGUCACAACUAUGGGCAGAUAUGUGCUCUUAAACAAGCCAUUUCAGUUCUUUGAAGUCUGUUUCCAUUUCUUUUUUUUGAGUUGAGUCUCACUCUGUCACCCAGACUGGAGUGCAGUGGCUGCUCCCGGCCACCGCAGCCUCGACCUGCUGGGCUCUGGCGAUCCUUCUGCCUCAGCCUUCCAAGUAGCUGGAAUUACAGGAGUUAAAGUUCCUCGUAAUUUUCGCUUGUUGGAAGAACUUGAAGAAGGACAAAAAGGAGUAGGCGAUGGUACGGUUAGCUGGGGCCUUGAAGAUGAUGAAGAUAUGACACUUACAAGGUGGACAGGCAUGAUUAUUGGGCCACCAAGGACAAAUUAUGAAAACAGAAUAUAUAGCCUGAAAGUAGAAUGUGGACCUAAAUACCCAGAAGCUCCUCCAUCAGUUAGAUUUGUAACAAAGAUUAAUAUGAAUGGAAUAAAUAAUUCCAGUGGGAUGGUGGAUGCACGGAGCAUACCAGUGUUAGCAAAAUGGCAAAAUUCAUAUAGCAUUAAAGUUGUACUCCAGGAGCUAAGACGUCUAAUGAUGUCCAAAGAAAAUAUGAAGCUUCCACAGCCUCCAGAAGGACAAACAUACAAUAAUUAAUUUUAGUGGAUCUCAAACUUGUCUUAAAUCAGCAACCUUUUACUCAUGUUAAUGUCUUGAUUAAAUAUCACAAUGCGAAAUACCCACACAUUAAGUAAAAGAAUUCCAGCUGGUAAACAUGACCUGGACAUUUGUAAGAAUAUAUUUAAUAUAUGUACACCCAUUAUGUUUUCAGGUAACAGGAGGAAAAAUGCGGCGUACUUUUUUUUCUCUUGUUAAGGCACUGUCAUUUAAACAUAAGCCUGGAGUACCCGAAAGAGAAUUCAGGUUGACAAGAUGAAAGCGUAGUGAGAAGUGUCAGCUGGCAGUGGAAGCAUGUGUGUUUCUGAAAAGUAAAAGUCUCAAGAAAGAAAAACAGAAAUGGCAGGCUUUAUCCAUCUUGCUUAGUGAAAGAGCUGCAGUUGAAAUUGUUUAAAGUAGCAGGUAUAAUGAAUAUCGUCAUAAAUGUUAAUUUUUGAAGUGGUAUGGGUGCUGACUACUAGUAGUAUCAAAAAUAUGUUCAGGAUUGUUUUGAUACCUGUAUUUAUAAUAAAAAAUGUUGGGGGGAUUGAUGAAUUUCUGUUAAAAGCUAUUCCUGUGUGUUACAUGUAACAGACAUGGUAAAUAUUUGUUUACAGUCUUUGUUUAACAAACCAUGCGUUUAAGUUUAAGUGAAGUAAACAUAAAGGAAAUAGGUGUAUGGAUAUGUGAUUUUGAGAUUAAAGUUAGUCUUAAAAUGUAAAUAAAAUGUGGAAUGUGUCCUCAGA